UUUGCUUUGCGCUUCCCUUGGUCGGCUCUCCCACGAGACUCCUGCGAAGGCUGCGAUCUCUCCCUCAUUACCAUGAUCAUCCCCAAGAAGAACCGCCAUGAGAUCUGCAAGUACCUCUUUCAGGAGGGGGUGCUCUUCGCGAAGAAGGAUUACAACCUCGCCAAGCACCCAGAGAUCGACGUGCCCAAUCUGCAGGUGAUCAAGCUGAUGCAGAGCUUCAAGUCGAGGGAGUACGUGAGGGAGACCUUCGCGUGGCAGCACUACUACUGGUACCUGACCAACGAUGGGAUUGAGUACCUUAGAACUUACCUUAACCUUCCUUCGGAGAUAGUCCCCGCAACCCUGAAGAAGUCCGCGAGGCCACCGGCUCGCCCGUUUGGCUCCGGCCCUCCUGGCGACCGCCCCAGGGGGCCACCCCGAUUCGAGGGAGAUAGACCGAGAUUUGGGGAUAGGGAUGGAUAUAGGGGAGGUCCUCGUCCUGGGGGUCCUCCAGGUGAUGCUGGUGACAAGGGCGGUGCACCACCUGAAUUCCAGCCAUCUUUCAGGGGCACUGGUGGUAGACCUGGAUUUGGCCGCGGAGGUGGAGGAUAUGGAGCUGGCCCUGCGUCUGCUUCUUUUCAGUAGACCUUCUUCAGAAGCUUCCCUAUUAUAUGAAAUUAAGCAUUUAGAUGAAUCAUUUUUUGCUUUUGAAUCAGAUUCAUUGUUGGCUUUGUUAGAAUUUGUAAAACUUGCUGAUUAGAUGCAUAAUUCUUAUAGAAACCGGGACAUGUCUUUAAAUUCCAUGGUUCGUUUGCUUUGGGUUGAA